GCCGGAGUGGUGGAUCAGUUGAUGCAGGACGUUUGUAUCUAGCAUGUUGUCCGUAUCUAUAGCGGAUCGCGUACGUUUUAAAGGAAAGAAAGGCGAUGUGGUAACGGCACUGCCCGUCACUGUCGAGUUUGCUAAGUUCGUAAGGGGUGAUAAAACGUCAAGACUUGCCAAUAUAGACGAGUGGAGCAAAUUAAAUUUAGGUGGAUUCGAUUCGGAACAGAUAGCAUCACCCAGUGAUCUACUACACGCUGUAGUUGCCCUUUAUGAUACGUGUCUACCCGAUUUAACAGCUCAAGUUUUAUAUAAAACUGUUUGCGUGGAAGGAUCAAAAACACUGUUUCUCUUAAGAGAUACGUCAGAAAUAUUGAAAGAAUGGGAAAAUCAAAUAAUCAGUAGCCCAAGUUCUCGUUCCAGAGAAGAUUCUUUAGGAGAGAUCAAUAACAAUCCCUUAACCGGAAACGAUAACAGAAAAAGUGUCAAUAGUAUCGUUACCACCACUCAAGAUCAUGAUAGAUCCGCAGCAUCCACUCCGAAAUAUCAUUCUGGAGAUGAUGAUUAUAGCAGCACUACAAUAUCUCCUGUUCAAGACGAAUGGCGCCCUUGGUCCUCCAGGAACAGAAGAAGCGGAGAAGCGACUCCAGAGAGAAAUGUCUUCCUGAAUAAAAAUAUCCCAAUCACCGCUCCACUCAGUGAUAAUGGUAAAACGGACGGAUAUUCCCAUGCAGAAUCACCUUUUUCUGAUAUUUUUAGCGAUUCUGUCGAUUCCGAAUCAGAAAGCGAUCUAGAAGAGAGAAGAGAAAACACUACUGUUUUAUGUUAUCUUCCACCAUUUGAUGGGCAUUAUCCUCCUCUUCCCGGUGUUCACGACUGGGAUAAACCCGAAUCUUUAACUGCUAUGCAAGACGAAAUUGAAAAAUGCGAUCUAGAAGAGAAAAGAGAAAACACUACUGUUUUAUGUUAUCUUCCACCAUUUGAUGGGCAUUAUCCUCCUCUUCCCGGUGUUCACGACUGGGAUAAACCCGAAUCUUUAACUGCUAUGCAAGACGAAAUUGAAAAAUGGAGACAGAAGAGUUUAGAGUCUUAUCAGGCCCAAUUUACGUGUUUAACUCGAUUGCAAAGGGAAGUGUUUAGACUCCAUAAUUUGUUAAGAAGACAAGAAGCGACUAUUACUUUUCUGAAAAAAGAGAAUUAUAUAUUACAAGCAAGAUUAUCAAGAGGUGAAUUUUUUAAGACUUUCACUUACAUAUUUCGCAGAGGACCGUCUAUAUGCAGAGAUAUUCGAUUUUCCUGCAUUAAUGAUGAUUUUUCUAGAGGAUUAGAAACAUUCCUUAGAUCUGUAGCAUCUAGGAGAAAGGAAUCAAGAAUCGCUCAAGAAACGUAUUGUCUGUUGCCUUCUCACGUAGGAAUCGAACAUAAAUUAAUUGCUUCAGCUACUUUCCAUAAAAAUUAUAAGAUUCCAGGAGUUAAAGUCGUUCAUUUAUCAUUGUUGACCGUCCGAAAGCGUUAUAGAAAGUGUGGUAUAGGGAAGUAUUUUCUUAAGAGAUUGAAAAAUCCAUCUCAGGUUGGACCAUACGAUGCUUUAGUAGUUCAUGCAAAAAAUUCUUCACAGAAUUUCUUCAGAAAGAAUGGUUUCACGGACGAUGUCAUACUGUGUAGUAGAUUUGGCGAUCUAGAAGAGAGAAGAGAAAACACUACUGUUUUAUGUUAUCUUCCACCAUUUGAUGGGCAUUAUCCUCCUCUUCCCGGUGUUCACGACUGGGAUAAACCCGAAUCUUUAACUGCUAUGCAAGACGAAAUUGAAAAAUGGAGACAGAAGAGUUUAGAGUCUUAUCAGGCCCAAUUUACGUGUUUAACUCGAUUGCAAAGGGAAGUGUUUAGACUCCAUAAUUUGUUAAGAAGACAAGAAGCGACUAUUACUUUUCUGAAAAAAGAGAAUUAUAUAUUACAAGCAAGAUUAUCAAGAGUGGAACGAAAAUCAGCCCAAACUCUGAUAGAAGCAUUAGAGAAAGAAGCGGCGGAUUUUGAACGUCUCUGCACUCUAAAAUUAGAAAAUUUGGAAACAACUUGAUAACCAUCGACAUCACUUCAAAAAUUAAAAAAAGAAAGAAAAAAAAUACCAAAAAAUAAAUUAAUGUGCAUCCUCUUUCUUGAUUGAAUUUGGCGAAUCGAUCGGCCGGAAAUAAAAUAAAAAACUGGAA